AUGGAUACUCCAGACUUUACAAUCCCCGACGACAACCCCGUCAACGACGCUCCUAGCGAGAAUGUCCCGAAGAUCAAGAAGAAUCGCCGCAGCCGCUAUGACCCAGAGCCCGACUGGUCGGCCAUGGUGCGAGCCAAAGUCACGAAGUCCCAACAUCGUGUCGGCCAAGCCUGUGAUCGUUGCAAGCUCAAGAAGAUGAAGUGCACCCCCGAACCUGCAGGCUGCGUCUGUUGCCUUGCCCUCAACAUCCCAUGCAAAGUCACUGAUCGUGUCACCGGCGAGACCUGGGUGCGUGGUGAGGCUGGACGAAUGCGAGCUCUUAUCGAUGAUCUCAAGAGGCAGACCGAGGACCUGAAGGAGCAGAUCGCACAGCUUCAGAACUGUCUGAACAGUUCCUACAGAGACAGUCUCACGGAUCACUACGAGCCGGACCUCGACCUUAGACAUCAUCACCAUAGCCUACUGUGA